AUGGAGAAAAUCGAGUUUCGCGUGGUGAUAAAACAUUGUUUUUUAAUGGGUAAAAACACCGUAGAAGCCCAGCAAAGGCUUGAAAAACAUUACCCGGACUCCUCUCCAUCCAAACCAAUGAUUUGUCGGUGGUAUACUGAGUUUAAACGUGGUCGUACGGACACAAACAAUGCGGAACGUCCGGGUAGGCCAUUGGAAGCCGUUUCACCGGAAAAUGUGAGUGAAGUUUUAAAAAUCAUAAUGAUAAAUCGUAAAGUGAAGGUCCGUGAGAUUGCAGAAAUGACACAGAUAUCAUCUGGAAGCGUAUUUACAAUUCUUCAUGAAAAAUUGAGCAGGAAAAAGGUUUUUCCCCACCCCCCGUAUUUGCCAGAUUUAGCCCCCAACGACUACUGGCUCUUUGCUGAUCUCAAAAAAAUGCUCCAGGGAAGAAAAUUUGGCUCUAAUGAGGAGGUUAUUGCCGAAACUGAAUCCUAUUUGGAAGCAAAGGAUAAAUCCUUUUAUAAACAUGGUAUAGAAAUGUUGGAAAGGCGUUGGAACGAUUGUAUCACUCUAAAAGUAGAUUAUAUUGAUGAACAAAAAUGA